GCUGAGAGACUGCCUGGCAGGCUCACUUGUCUUGAGACACGAGAGAAACCACAAUGUUUUCAUCCUGUCUCGGGAAUACUAGAGAAAGAGGCUCAGACCUCAAUAACGAUGAAAGUAGACGCCGAGGUGGAGUCCGUGGUGGUGCAUGGAGACUCCGGGCACGCUCCUGGUUCCAAGGCAUCUGGCCAUUUGGACGGAGAGAAACAAACUUGAGCCAGGAUAGCCAGGGUAGCCAAGAAAGCCGUGGAAAUCAGGGAAGCCAGGAUUACCAGGAAAGCCUGGGAAGCCAGGGAAGCCAGGGCAACCAGGGCAUUCAGGACAUCCAGGGUAGCCAGGAAGGCAAUGGAAACCAGGGCAGCCUGGGAAGCCAGGGCAGCCUGGGAAGCCAGGGCAGCCUGGAAAGCCAAGGAAGCCUGGGGAGCCAUGGAAGCCGGGGAAGCCAGGGCAACCAGGGCAUUCAUGACAGCCAGGGUAGCCAGGAAGGCAAUGGAAACCAGGGAGCCCUGGGAAACCCGGGAAGCAAGGACAAUGAGGGCAACCAGGACCAGGACAACACAGACCAGGUUGGACAGGAGUCUGCACCUGAGGUCCUGAACGAGUCCCCUAGCACCCCCGUCUACGGUCCUCUGGAAGAGAUGAUGUCUUUCCUGGUGAUGGCUAUCCAGGGUGGAGACUCCUUCUUUGCCCUUGUCUUCCUCUACAUUCAAGAAAGGCUUCUCACCACCCAGGAGGUGCUGGACCUACUGUUCACUCGAUACACGUCAUUCCGCCCCGACUGUGACGAGGAUGAACAAGUAAAGAACACCAUCUGUUCCCUCCUGGACUACUGGAUCCACAAGUUCCCUCAGGAUUUUUGCAAGAUUGAACACUUGCCCAUUCUGACUCGGGUGAAGAACUACUUAAUUGUGAACAUGCCCUACUCAGACCUUCUGAUCCGUGUCCACUAUAUGCAGGAAAAGUUGCAGUCACAAGUGGCCAGAGAUUCAGGGUCCAGCAAUGAGGAAGCCUCAGGCUCCACGGCCUCUUCCCCUUCUAGAGAUGCCUGCAUCAGCCGCACAUCUGUCUCCAACCUUAGAUCUGGAGAGCCGAGCAUCCCCACAUGCAGCGCUCCAAAUCUGUUGACCAGCAAUGAGGACGGCUAUUCUGCAGACAGCAGCAGCCUGUGCACUGGAGCCGGAGAGCACACAACCAGCACAACGUCCUGUGACAAGUGUGCAGCUGGAGCCAGUUGUGGCAACAGCUACGUUUGUUACAUCACAAGUGUUUGAAGCUGUGGAUGUUAUAUCCAUGGCCGUGAGGGCAGACACAGUGCCACUUUCAACAUCUUGCUUGGGCCGCAGUGUUCUGCCUCCCCAGGGAAUCGCCCUUCCACCCCUUCUCCUCUGGUUGUCCACAAGAAUCCUCUCUGCAGACUGCACAGAUUCAUCUGUUCCCGACACAAUGACUCCCCGAUAUCAACCCGGCAGCAUUGCCAGCCCCACAGCCAGACUCACCCUCCCCUGGAUAGUAGCCUUUUAUUAUUCUCGUUCUUUUUCAAUGUUGUGUUACUUUAAUCACUGUAUUAGUUUUAAUAAAUUGUUCAUGUUUGA